AUGGAUCGAACCAUCUACGAGGCUUGUAAUGACUUAAUUGUGGAGUUUGGGACGCAUCCUAUAAGUGCUGACGAAGUUCUGGCUGAGAAGGUAGAUCAUGUAGUGCCUGUGGUGUUUAAAAGCAGGGAGGAGUUAGCCGCAGAUUCAGAGCGGGAUCGGGCUGAAGGGCUGUUCGAGGGUGAUUUAGUACCGCGGAUUGAUCUGCGAGUUCUACAUUACUUUGCUACGCAAUGUAUUGUGCAGAAAUACCCCCAUUUGGUUCGAUGCUUUGACGAAACCAGUAUGAUUACGUUAGGGUUGCUGGUAGAGAAAUGGAUCAGGGAUUACCUUGUUUCAAAAGCGCCGGAGGGGGGCUCUGCGAACUGGACUUUGGGAGAAGGACCGUCUCAAAGUGUGUCGAAGGCAGUCAAUUAUCGUGAUUUCCCUUCGAACAUUUAG